UCUUUACUUUUUGGUGUUUUCUUGUAGACUAGCCUAUCAUGGCAGACCAGAGACAGCGCUCACUUUCUACCUCUGGAGAAUCACUGUACCAUGUUCUCGGGCUGGACAGGAACGCGACCUCGGAUGACAUUAAGAAGUCCUACCGGAAACUUGCCUUGAAAUAUCACCCUGAUAAGAACCCUGAUAACCCGGAGGCCGCAGACAAGUUUAAGGAGAUCAACAACGCCCACGCCAUCCUGACGGACGCCACAAAAAGAAACAUCUACGACAAGUACGGCUCGCUUGGGCUCUACGUGGCCGAGCAGUUUGGGGAGGAGAACGUAAACACCUACUUCGUGCUCUCCAGUUGGUGGGCCAAGGCCCUGUUUGUCUUCUGUGGGCUCCUCACGUGCUGCUACUGCUGCUGCUGCCUGUGCUGCUGCUUCAACUGCUGCUGUGGGAAGUGCAAGCCCAAGGCACCCGAGGGCGAGGAGACUGAGUUCUACGUGUCCCCCGAGGACCUGGAGGCGCAGCUGCAGUCUGAUGAGAGAGAGGCCACAGACACGCCGAUCGUCAUACAGCCAGCAUCUGCCACAGAGACCACCCAGCUCACGGCUGACUCCCACCCCAGCUACCACACUGAUGGGUUCAAUUAAGUUCAGGAGAAGCUGUGGUGAGAGGAUAAAUCAGCACCUGGCCACUUCCACCUUAGAAUCAUGAACUGUAGUCACAGAGAUGGGGGGAGCCACUCUGGCCACGGAGGAGGGGCAGCCGCCAACCCGCCACGGCCGCCUUGGGGCCCCUCCCGCCUCUGUGCCCGCCAUCCAUCGAUCCCUGAUCCAUGAAGUGCGUAGCAUGCAGUAUUUAAAGCAGUUUAGCUACGGUCUUCUUCUGUUUCUCCUUUUGUAAUAGCAUGUCUGGGGUUCUGUCCA